UUCUUCUCGAGUUAAGAUCACGUGCACAAAGAAAGUGGAGAGAAAUUAAGCUUUCAAUAUUAAAGGUCACGAUGGCCAGCAACUUUUUCUAGGAACAGCUUUUACCUAAGGAAAGGCGCUGGAUGCUGAGAUUCACUUUCAGCAUUCCGAGUCACCAGCCAACCGCUUAACAAUAUGGCUUCAACAUCAUCGGUACCGCGAAGGAACAAUGAAGACGUAGCUUCCUCAUCAAGUUUGGUAUCCGCUCUGAUCAGAGUUCGUGAUUCGGGGAAAAAGUCCAAUGUUCGCAGCACCGAUCACAAUGUAGCCCUUUCUCUUGGCAAAAAUGACACGAAUGGCUCAGCAGUAGUGCAAGAAGCUGCAGAUGAUGAUGAUGAAAAGCAGCAUUCAUUCUCUACAAACUCAGUAGAAAAUGUUGGGCAGACAGUCACCUUGACUUCGUGGAAGACACAAGAGUUCGCUUACCGGAAAACGACAAAAGUAGGCCUAGGAGAGGAUGAUGAGCUACCAACGCUAGCUAGAGGACUAUUUACAAUGGCAAUUGGCACAGACCAGCAUCGAAUUGUAGUGAGAGGUUACGACAAAUUUUUCAACGAAGACGAAAUGCCAUGGACCAAGAAAGAGGCUAUCGCUAAGUACAGCAGCCCUCCAUAUGAGCUCUCAUUCAAAGAGAACGGAUGUAUCAUAUUCAUUGCGGCACUUUCUCCUCAUCAAUUGAUCGUUACAUCCAAGCAUUCACUCGGAUCAAACGAGUCACACGAGGUAUCACAUGCACAAAAAGGAGAACAAUGGCUCGACAAACAUCUAGCACGAAGAGGAAAGAGAAAGUCAGAUCUAGCCUUAGAGCUGUGGAAUAGAAGCGAGACAGCCGUUGCGGAGCUAUGCGAUGAUCAAUUUGAAGAGCAUGUAUUGGCCUAUCCGGCUGAGCGAACAGGGCUGCACUUACAUGGCCUAAACAAGAACUCAGCAGAAUUCAUGACUCGACCAAUGCAAGAAGUGGAGCAAUUUGCACAAGAAUGGGGAUUUCUGCCGACGAGAUACCUGACGAUCGAUAAUUUGGCAGAUGUUGAGAAAUUCUGUCAGUCGGUUGGCGAAUCGGGCAGUUGGCAAGGGAUUCCCAUCGAAGGAUUUGUUGUGCGUACUCACAAGCCUAUGACCGAUUCUUCGUCGAAAGAUGGUAAAGACCCAGUGUCCCCUCCUUACAAGACUGGUCAAGCUUGGUUUUAUAAAGUGAAAUUUGACGAACCAUACCUGAUGUAUCGUGAUUGGCGCGAAUUGACUCGACGAAUGCUCUCAGAUAAACAAAAAAGCACAAGGCCUGAAACACGAUUGUUUGUGGAAUGGUGUUAUGAGAAGCUUUACGGUAGCAAGGAUGGAAGGCAAAAGCCGGAAUUGAACCUCUUUGAGUCCUUUAGCCAGAACAAAGGGAUCAUUAAUUUACGUGAAAAGUUCAUUGAAUACAUGAAUAGCUCUGAGGGAAAAGCACGCCUUGCUGCGACAAGCAAGAAGUCGAAAGCUUCCAACGGAUCUCAAGCUCAAUCAGAUGCGGUGCCUUUAAACGGGGAGCAGAACAACAAGACCUUCGAUAAGACGCUGAUUGUCCCAAUCGCUGUGCCAGGAUGCGGCAAGACUGUUUUGGCCGUGGCUUUAUCUCACUUGAUUCCCGAUUUCGGUCAUACACAAUCUGACAAUGUGCAAAGCAAAAAGACUGCUCCUACUUUCUUGCGUAACAUAGGACAGGAAUUGAACAAUCAUGACGUGGUAUUCGCCGAUCGGAACAAUCACCUCUUCAAACACCGUAAUGAAAUUGUGGAUAUGAUCAAGACUUGGCAACAAAGGACUGACAAAGGAGCAAAUAGAGUUCGUCUAAUAGCUGUGGCUUGGUCACUCAAUACUUUGCCUUUGAACGCAAUUCAUCAUAUUUGUUCUGAUCGGAUCGCUCAACGAGGUGAGAAUCAUCAAACCCUUCGCUCGACGGAAAACAAAGACUAUGAACAAAUCUUGUGGCAGUUUCUACGUAAUCUGGAGACAUUUGGAUCGGGAGAGAAAGGUGGCGGCGAUAAAGGUCACGGAGAUUCGGCUUUCGAUAAACAUAUCCGAUUAAGUCCGAAUGCUUCGAUGGAACAAAAUCUCCUCAAAUUGAUUCAAGAGCUCAUGCCUCUUUUAGGACUACCGAUCCCGGACGAUAAAAAGGUCAAAGUCGCUUUGCAGAAGGCAUUGGAAUACAAAGUAUCCUUGAAGAAAGAAGUUAAAGGGGCACCUUUGCCAAGGAUUCGUUAUUACGGCCUUGCCAUCGAAUCCAACAUUAUCGACUUCUUGCCCGACGUCCUUGCUCCGUAUCCAACUGCUCUAGAAGCAUUUGAAGCAUUAAAAGAAAGCAAUCGCAUAAUUCAAACACCACAUGUAACUCUGGUUCACUCUAGUGAAGUCGAAGGAGGAAGUGUAUCAGCAAAAAAGAGGUGGGAGACGUUUUCGCAACUUGCAAAUAACCCAAACCCACCAUUGUUUUCGAUGUUUAUCGAUCUGAUCGCAUGGGAUGAUCGAGCGAUGGCAUUGGGUGUGAGUGAAGUCAGGAGUGAAGGAGUUCCUGAUCUUUAUACCUUACAAGGACAACAAUGGAGACCACAUGUGACAAUCGGCACUUUUGCUGAAUCUAUUCGGCCGUUUGAAGCUAAUCGAGUUUUAUCAGAAGCUGAUGCGGGCCAAAAUGAGGACAAUGUCCACUGUGUACGCUUUCAAAGUUCUAUUCGCAUGCAAUCUAGAAUUAAAGGCAUGUCAUAA